AUGCAGAAUAUCUUAUCACUGCAAUCUAUAGCUUCUUCUACUUUGCAGGCAAGGGCGUUGCUUGAAAAUGUUCAAAAUGCAAUUCAUAAUCUUGAGGAUUCUGAUGCUGAAAAUGAGGUUGAGGAAAUUGAACAUUUCAAAUAUAAGCAAGAACUAUCACGAAAACUCACACUUCAGUCUGUUCUUGGUCUUAGUGUGUCUAUCAUGUCGGUACCUUUGGGUCAGUCAACGACCAUGAUUGUUCCCCUUCUAAAUGGUGGAGCGGGAACCUUGUUUUGGGGUUGGAUUGUGGUGUGCAUCCUAAGCUUGCUAGUUACAACUUCUCUAGGGGAGAUUUCUGGAAAAUAUCCAACAAAUGGUGGUGUUUAUCAUUGGAGUUUUAUAUUCUCACCGAGAUCCAUCAAGAAAAUAACUAAUUUUAAUUACCUAACUAGCUGGUACGUUGGGUGGUUCUUAAUCGUGGGGAAUUUGACCAUGGGGGUCUCUAUUAUGUUUUCUGGAGCUCAAUUCUUUUUGUCAAUAUUUGGGAUCGCAGAUACAACCUACCAUCCUCAUGCCUGGCUAACAUUAGUUGUAUAUAUCUUGUUAGUUGCUAUCUGCUUAUUUGUCAACAUGAAGUGCUACAAUUUCCUUGACAAAAUUAAUAGAGUAGCUGUUUAUUGGACUGUUUCCACUGUGCUUAUCAUUGAUAUCUUGUUACUUUUGUUUUCCCAAGAAUUUAAUGACUUGAAAGAAAUGUUAAUCAAUUUUGAAACUCCAAGAUCGGGCUGGCCUCGUUCAUUGGCGUUCCUAAUUGGUUUACAACAAUCGGCGUUUACUUUUCAAGGCUAUGGAAUGAUACCCUCCAUGACUGAUGAAGUUAAAGAUCCUGAAAAAACAAUUCCGAAAGGUAUGGUUUUAUCUAUUUUGGUUGCUGGAGCAACCGGUAUUAUUUUCAUUUUGCCAAUUUUGGCAUGCACUCCACAGCUUGAUGUGUUGUUAGAUGUUGAAGCAAACAUUUUGCCAAUAGAAUUAAUAUUCAAAGUUAGCUCUCAAUCCAUUCUUAUUAGCUUUUUAUUUGUCAUACUAUUGUGUGGCACAAUCUUCUUUGGAAGCAUUGGGAUAUAUACCAUUACUAGUAGAUCGAUUUACUCAAUGGCAAGAGAUAAUGGCUUACCAUAUUCACAUCUUUGGAAUCAUAUUGGCGCCGAUCCUAAUCUCAAUAAAAUUCCAAAUAAUGCAAUCUACUUGACUGCUGGAUGGUUACUUUUGAUGGGUCUGUUCACAUUGUUGUCACCCUCUAUUCUUUACUCAUUUAUGGGAACCAGUGUUGUUUCUUUAGCUAUUUCUAAUGGGGUACCUAUCUUCUUCUCAAUGGUGAAUGGAAGAAAAAAGCUUAAAGGCGGCGCAUUUAAAGUCAAGAAAAUUUUUGGUUAUUUGAUAAACUCAAUCUCGAUUUUCUGGUGUUUGUUGAUGCUUGUAAUUUUUUCUUUCCCAAUUGAAGCACAUUUCACCACUUAUACAAUGAAUUAUACAAGUUUCACGCUCUUCGUAGAGAUCGUUGCAAUCACCGUUUUGUGGUUUAGUUUUGGAAAAAACCAUUUCCAGGGCCCAGAGAUUGAUGAAAGCUUCAAUAUUGAAUCAAACAAUAGAGGAGCUACAUACUUGAGACUUAGUAAUAUUAAUGAUAAUGAUGAUAAUGAUAACGAUAAUCAUAAUAGUGAUGAUGAUGAUUAUGACUGA